CGUUAUCUAACAGAGAUGACUUAAUAGUUACAACUGUAGCGAGGUGGGCGGAACACGACGGAUCACUGAGAUAUGGAGCUCCUAAUACCUCUUUUUGUCGUUUUGACGAUUUCACAGGUGAGUCUGACAAACGAAAUACCACGGAGAUGCAACAACUCAAGCACGACUGAAGACAGAGAAGCCAUACGCGAGCUGUUCGCUCUGGUGAAGGAUGCGCAGAGAUCCCUGUUAGAAACUGACAAAAUGUUGAUGAUGUGUCGCCAACAACUUACUAACCUCGAGAGGGAGCAAGCUAAACUAUCACCACCAAUACUGAUUCCCGCUGCCUUUUACGUAAGUCUGAGCCAGAAUGUCUUCAACCCGGAAGCCAAGCGUCCAGUACUGUUUGACCGGGAAACACUGGAUUUGACGGCGAACUACAACCCUAAUGAUGGCAAGUUCACCGCUAAAGUGCCGGGAGUCUACUCAUUCUCGUGGACCGUCGCCACCAACUACGGACAAUACCUAUUCGCGACAUUAAUGCAUAAUGACUUCGUGACCGGACGAACCAUAGCAGGCGACGCUGUUGACAGCAGCAUGGCGACCGGUACCGCCAUUCUGCACAUGAACGAGGGAGACACGGUGAUGGUUGUAGUCGACCAAAGCUCAAAAGGAGCAGAAGUAAUGGCCUCGAUGAGCGCUCUCUCCGGGUUCUUCGUUACGGGCUGAACUUAAAUAAAAGUCGAUAACGUAAUAAAUGUGACCUCAAAUGAA